CACACACACACACACACACACACUCCAUCUGUCACGAGGUCAUGAGUCACACUCAAUCCGCUCAGUUUCACUUCAGGUUUCACUCCGACACACUCCAACCGUUCAGGUGACGUGAAAAAUGCAGAAUCAGAACACAAAGCAGAAAACUGUCAUCCCGACAGUCCGAUACCACCCGAGCAUCCAGACACCCGGAGACAAACCCAGAACCAGUCCGGCCCAGAAGACCAGAGCAGCAGCUGUCUGCUGCUCUCAGACUGGGAUCCCUCAGAAGGGGGUCCCUCAGACUAGAAGCCCUCAGGUUGAUCUAGGUCCUGGUGUGAGACUGCCACCUGCUGGCGGACAGAGACAGAGUGCUCAGAAAGCCAUAAGGAAGCUGGUUCAGAGAGAUGCUGCAGAUCUGGACCCGGAGGGAGGCCCUCUCAGACCGGAGCAGGUCCCUCUGGGUCUGGAGGUCCAGUUGGACAGGGGUGUUGUGGAGGAAGUGGAGGUUCUGACUCGUGGACAGAGUUCCAACCAGGACUGGUUCGCCUGGAGGAAGAACCGGAUCACAGCCUCCGUGGCUCAUCGCAUUGCUCACUGUCGCUUCAGCAACGGCAAGAGCCCAACCCCACCCACCUCAUACCUGACUGCUAUCACAGGUGAGGGGCGGAGCAUCCAGACCAGAGCCAUGUCCUGGGGGGUCCAGAUGGAGGCUGAGGUGGUCCGCAGGUAUCAGAAGAUGAAGAGCGCUGCUAUGGCGCGGCCCGUCUCAGUGCGGGACUGUGGCUUGUUCAUUGACGCUCGGCGGCCUUGGUUGGCUGCGAGUCCUGACGGCAUUGUGACGGACAACCGGACGGGCCAAUGGCUGCUCUGCCUGGAGGUGAAGUGUCCCUACAAACACAGACACAGACGGGUGGAGGACGCCUGCAGGAACGACCCUGCUUUCUGUCUGGAGAUACAGGACGAGGACGGACGGGAGCCCAAAGAGUCCCCGGUCUACCGCCUGAAGACGUCUCACAGUUACUUCACACAGAUUCAGUGUCAGCUGGCGGUGACGGGCCUGCGGCGGGCAGACCUCGCUGUCUUCACCCUGAAGGAGCUGGCCGUCGUCCCGGUGACCUUUGACCCCGACCUGUGGGAAGAGAUGGUGUCCAAACUGGAGGUGUUUUACAGGGAUGCCGUCCUGCCUCACCUGAGAGAGAAGACAGGGCGGGACACAGCAGCUGCCCGGAUGCCUGAGCUGUAGAGACAUCCUGUGACUGUGGCGUCCCCAGCUGCUCUGUACUGUGCGUUCUCUAGCGCCACAUAGCGGGCACAGGAAGUGGUACACAGUACUUCACGCAGGAAUGCCGUGCAUGCAGUGUCAGACUGUCACAAUAACGCACCGCUGCUUCAACCAGCAUCCCGCUGGACCAGGACCUGGUUUGUGAGCUCCUCCGAAGGAGUCAUGUGAUCUGCGGAAACCAUGUGACCCUCACAGCCAGAAUUUAACACUUCUCACUGUUCGAGACGUUUGUGUUGAAGGUCGUUUGUUCUCAAGAAUUCAUAUUAUUAUGGGAUGUAUUCUGGGGGUUAUUUGAUGACAUUAAGUCACAGUCUGUUAACCCUCCUGGUCUUUGCAGUAAAUUAAAAUCCUCCGAGCUUCUGUUACAAACUCAGUGUGUUUCUGACAUCACGUCUGACGAGGUGUCAAUAAAGUUUUAAUACAAUUUA